AUGGGCUCUCAAUCAGACCCAAACCUUGCGUGGCGCCAACUCAAUGUGGGUGUUGUCGGCGGCGGCAUCGGCGGCAUGUCUGUUGCUAUUGCUCUUCGUCGUGCUGGACACAGUGUGACCAUCUACGAGCGAAACGACUUCGUUGGAGAGGCCGGAGCAUCAGUAUCCUGCGCUGCAAAUGGAGCACGUUGGCUUCACGAGUGGGGCGUCGACGUCGAGCAAGGCGACCCCGUCGUCCUCAAGAAGCUCAUCAACAGGAGCUGGAAGACGGGGGAGCCGGUCAGCGUCUAUAACCUGGAUGACUACAAGGAGAGAUGGGGAUACCAUUAUUACAUGUUCCACCGUCAAUACAUGCAUGAGAUGUUGAAGAAUUGUGCCUUGCAGGAGGAGGGAGAAGGAGAGCCAGCCAAGUUGUGUGUGAACCACAAGGCAAGUCACAGAAAGAUUUUUGUGAUUACGAGGCUCGGGCUGACUUUCAAAUUCACUCGACACGACCUCAUCAUCGGCGCCGACGGCAUAGGUUCGGUAGUGCGCAGGCUCAUCGGCCUCACCCCAGAUAAAAAGCCGGCAGACUCUUCCUGCCUCCAUGCCAACGUGCGGACAGAAGACGCUGUCCGUCUGGGCCUCGUUGACUAUUCAAAGGAUGCGGCUCUAGAGUACUGGGGUGGCCAAGAGGGCAAGUGGGACAAGAUUGUGCUUAGCCCAUGCAACGGUGGCAAGUUGUUGUCCUACUACUGCUUCUUCCCACGUGAAGCUGGCGACUACACGAGCCACAGCUGGGGCGGAGAGGACAGGCCGGUCGAAGAGCUGCUAGCCCCGUAUCCGCAGCUGGACAAGCAAGUUAGGGAUCACCUCGCCAUCGGCACUGAGAUUCAGCCGUGGCGGUUGUGGGUACACCAACCAUAUCCUUACAUCGUCAAGGAUACAGCAUGCUUGCUUGGUGAUGCGGGCCACCCGAUGUUCCCUCAUCAGAGCCAAGGUGCCUGUAUGGCAAUCGAAGAUGCUGCGGCGCUGGGCAUAUUGUUCAGCAAACCUUACUUCAGCGGCGACGUCACUGAGGCCCUGGAGGUGUAUCAGAAGAUCCGACUGCCGCGAGCUACCAAGGUUCAAGCCUCUGCAGCAAAAGCUGCGCUUAAUAUCAACGAAAGAAUCGGGUUCUCCAGUAACACCAAUAUCAAAGGGUACAAGGUUGCAGAUGAGAAGCAAAAGUUAACGAUUGAAGAAAUGAAUGCAUAUGAUAUGUACAAGGAUAUCGACGAGAGUCUGGCCGAACAAAGGCACAUAUCAUACACUGGCAAUUACGUCAAAGGGCUGCCAGUCGGUUUGGAGAUGUCAAACGGCGUUAUAGUUGGGAAGGAAUGA